AGACACGCACACGCACACGCACAAACCGAAGAGAGACGGCGAGCGAUUCAUUCCGAGGGAGCGGGCGAAGGGGCUCCAAACCCAGCCGACAGCAUGACCGAAACGACCAAGACCCACGUUAUCCUCCUGGCCUGCGGCAGCUUCAACCCCGUCACCAAGGGCCACAUUCAGAUGUUCGAAAGAGCCCGGGAUUAUCUGCACAAGACAGGAAGGUUCAUUGUCAUUGGUGGAAUUGUCUCACCCGUACAUGACUCCUAUGGGAAGCAGGGUCUAGUCUCCAGCCGACACCGCCUGACCAUGUGCCAGCUGGCUGUUCAGUCCUCUGAUUGGAUAAGGGUGGACCCCUGGGAAUGUUAUCAGGAUACUUGGCAGACUACCUGCAGUGUACUGGAACACCACCGGGAUCUAAUGAAACGAGUGACUGGCUGCAUCCUCUCAAAUGUGAACACACCUUCUUUGACCCCAGUGAUUGGACAGCCUCAGAAUGAGUCCCCACAGCCUAUCUAUCAGAACAGCAACCUCUCCAACAAACCAACUGCAGCAAAGUUUUUGGGGAAGGUGGGAGAAAGCCUUAGCAGGAUCUGCUGCGUUCGUCCACCGAUGGAGCGUUUCACCUUUGUGGAUGAAAAUGCAAAUUUGGGGACAGUGAUGAGAUAUGAAGAGAUUGAGCUCCGAAUCUUGCUGCUGUGUGGAAGUGACCUGCUGGAGUCCUUCUGUAUCCCAGGCCUAUGGAAUGAAGCAGAUAUGGAGGUGAUAGUUGGGGACUUUGGCAUUGUUGUUGUGCCACGGGAUGGUGCUGACACAGACCGGAUCAUGAACCACUCCUCAGUACUCCGCAAGUACAAAAACAAUAUCCUUGUUGUGAAAGACGAUGUGAAUCACCCCAUGGCCAUUGUCAGUUCAACCAAAAGCAGACUGGCUCUGCAGCAUGGUGAUGGGCAUGUUGUGGAUUACCUGUGUCAGCCAGUCAUCGAUUACAUCCUCAAGAGCCAGCUGUACCUGAAUGCCUCUGGUUAAAGUUGCCUUGGUGUUGCAACAUAUCCACCCUAUUGCUCCACUUUCCUACUAUUGUUCAUCACAAUUCUUUUUUGCUCUCUGUUUUCUUCCUCCCUGCCUCUUCCGUGCAUCUGCCUGUUUCACUCUGAUGUCCUCCACCACCACCAACACCAAAUGCUGGGAAAUGCUGGGUACAUCAACCAAUCAAGCACAUACACACCAAGUAAUACUUUUCCCCUUGUAGUUUGGAGGGAAAACAGAAGAGAGGAUCAGGUGCCACGUGCCUAACGGGGGACAGCUUUGGUAUCUACCUUCCCAGCAUGCAUUAGGGGGGUGGAACACUGUCUACCUUCCUAGCAUGCCUUGGAAGCCAGGAAAAUUGGUCUUUUCAUAAUACAUCAGCUAAAUAAAUCUCAGUGGGCCUUUUUAUUUUUAGUGCGUGGUUUUUUCUCUCUUUUUGGAUUUUUUAUUUAUUACUGUGAUUCAUUCAAAUUAGAAUGUGGUUGGCAGAAUAAGAUUCUAACCCACUUGGUACAAAGCCCAAACUUUUUAGGUCAGACAUGGCAGAUUUAGCUUGAAUUUAAAAAAAGAAAGCAAGAAAGACUGCCCCAUUUCUGUUAUCUGGAGUGAAAAAAGGGGGGAGGAGAAAGAUUUGCUGGAGAAAAGGUACAAGAAUGGCAAGGAGUCAGGUUUGGUUUAUAUGUAGCUGAUCUUUCCUUUGUAACUAGAUAAUUGUUUCAAAGGGCAGGGGAUUUAAAUGGGUUUCUUGUUCUGUUUAAACACCUCUAAAAAGGGAGCACUCCUAGAGAGGAAUAGCCACACAGAGCAUGGCCUCCUGGGAUGCUACACGUAACCCACAUAGUGCAUUCAUGGCAUCCCGGUAAUCUGUCCCAGGUUGGCUGAGCUCUGCUUUGUUUAAAGUUUUCCAUUUUCUCCAGAAAUUCAUUUGGAGUUUCAGCAUUUGUGGUGUCUACUGUACCCUUGCUAGUAUUACUAGCUCAGGCUGGUUCAGUUCAUAACUGUUUCCUCUGUCAACAUGCGCAGGUCCUUCAGUGUUGUAGGGCAACUGUACUUCACACCACACUCAGGAAGUAAUGUUGUUUUUCAACGUUCUUUGAAAGACUCCAUGUGAUAACGUUGCUGCUUAAGUUUUUCCUUAGGAGGAUAGAUCCCCCCCCAGGAAAUGCCCCCCCCAAACCCCAAGAAAAUACCAGCAGGUAUGCUAGAUUUAGUUCCUAGAUCUCCAAAUGGGGAGGCUUAACCAGCUAUGAUUUCUUAUAGCCAGUAACAGAAACCAGGGGACAUCUAUGGUGGCAAAAAAGCAAAGCAACCUCAGAUAGGCAAAACUGUCUUGAGUUUUUGCUUGACGUUGUAACACAUAACAUACCACCCAUCUGUUGCAGUAACCAGAUGUUUGCCCUUAAGUUUUACAAAGCAGUUUGUAGGUAUAAGAGAUUUGGGUCCUACUCAAAGGAAUUCACAAGUACCUUUGGUUUAUAUGAUCAUAAAUAAUGCCAUCACUUUACUGUUAAAAAAAACAAAGCCUGAAGAGGAAGAAAUGCUAUAUGGUUCUUCAGAAAUGCUUUGUCACAAAACUAUGGAUUACACUUCCUCACUGGGCCCAGCUAAACAGAGUUAGAGGCUAUAGAAGCAGUGACAAAUGACACAGGGGUUGCGUUUGCUUGCUUGAUUUGGGGAAACAUUCACUGAUGUGAUCCUCCAUCAGCAGUCUGUACAGUCUCAGGAGGGGUGUUCCACGAGAGAUUUCUACAAAUGCAGGUUGGCUCUUUCUGGUUGGAAUGAAAGCAGUGCUUAUACAACUGUGAUCUCUGUAAUUCAGAUCUGCGGGGCUCCUUCCAGCCUUCCUGGUCAUUGCUGGACUGCAUGUUUCUCCCUGCUCUCAUAGGGGACUAUCUGCACUGAAUCUAAGGAGUAUCCCUGCGGAAAAACAGUAUUUAGAAUCUUGGGCUGCUUCCACAUUGGUGACCUCUAGUGCUAACACUACCAGAAUUGGAAUUGUCUUUCCACACUAUCAGGGAUAUAGAGUAUUUCCUUUAUGUUCGUUCCACUGUAUACACCAGAAUACAUAGCUGCUGUGGGGAAGGAGAAGGGCCAGUUCAGGGGGAAGAAGGGGGAAUCAGUCAGAGGGGAGGGAAUCAAAUUUUAAAAAUCAAUAAUUUAUUUAGUGCUAAAUGCUUAUUCAUGUAGGUAUGGUUGCCCAUUACUGCUGACAAAAUAUCAGAAAAACAAAGUAUUUAAUGUUUGUUUUGGAUUGGAAGUGUAGAUUGGGGGUGAUCAAUUAGGGAAAAAACACAUUGCUAAAAUGGCGGUGAAGAGAAAGGUUUUGUUCUUUUGCUUUCGCAAUAUAUUGUAGCACUAAAAUACAUUUUUCAUUUAAGUAGUGUUUCACUAAUGUUUUAAUAUUCAAAAACUAUGUACAACUGGAAAAGCAUGUUAGUGCUAAUUAAAAGAUUGAUGACAAAAAGUUUCAGAGUUAUAAAAUGGUGCCCACCACUAAGGUUAUAGCGACUGUGUGCUGAGCUGUGAUAAAGUUGGCUGCCCAAUAUGUCACUGUCCACAUUAAAAAAAAUCGCUUAAAAAAACGAAUAGCAUCCUUCUCAAGAAAACUGAACUUUCUGCAAUAAGAAGCACUGGGGAAACCCCGGAGGAUUACAAAUGGACGUUGUUGUGCAGACCCCUCAUAAAAUGUGAGUGAAUGGGGCAUGGUGACUCCACCCAAAAUGCCUCUUUCUGUCGAGCAUUCUGAGGCACUUGCCGUCCCAGCACCUAACAGCCAGAGAGAAUGGUGGCACACAGUGACAAGGAUGGUUCUCUAAGGCUUGUGCCACAACCUGCCAUUUAUAGGACACCCCCCCUGCAGCAUUCAGUACCCUUACACUCCCUGCUGUCAUAGGCAGAUGUACAAAAGAGACAAUUUCUUUUAUGAGAAUUUUUCUACUCACAGAAGGCGUAGCUAUCCUACAUGACUCUGGCUGAGUAGCUCUUGCUGUCCCGUUGUGCAUAUCAGCUACUACUUCCAAAGCAUUUUCUCUUUUACAUGCCUCCGUUUAAGAACAGCCAAAAGCUCUUGUUGGAACCCACCAUAUGUCCCAAUACUAAGCAGCAGAGUGCAAAGCCAAUAACAUAUUUCUCUCUCUCUCUCUCUGUGUGUGUGUGUGUGUGUGAGAGAGAGAGAGAGAGAGAGAGUAACCAUGGCUUUUCAAAAAGGCCUGAAGGACAGUUUUGCUGUGGAAAAAAAGAUGAGGUCAGCAAAGAAAGGGAUGAAUUCUCCACAUACUCUUGAACAAACAAUGGAUUAUUGGGCCACUUUCCAGUUUCAUCCAAUGUAGGACAGCAUGCCUUAGGAACAUAACAUUGUGGUACAGAUGAUGUAUAUAUAAUGUCUUACUAGUCUUUGCCUUCAUGUGGUCAGUUAUGUUUAUGAUUAGGAAGAGGGAGGGAGAGAGCAGGGUGUAGCAUAAAU